AUGAAAGAGCUUAGAAUCCAAGAGAUGAGCCAUGAUGCUUACCGCCCUAAUAGAAGUAACAGAGUCUUUCAGGGAAAUCCUAAUUUCGUGAGCUUUUAUAACAGGGAGGUGAAAAGCUUCUUUUCUACAUCAGAAUCCAAUGGUGGACUUAAAAGCUCUAAAGUCUAUAGUUCAGGAACGUCAUAUUAUCCUGAUGAUGUAGAAUAUGGUCUACAGGGAGGUAGUCUUUGGACCCCAGGCGAGAAAGAAAUUUUUUUUACCUCCCUAUCUAGAAACUCUAUUAACAGAAUUGAUGAUAUUAAAGAAGCUUUGCCUAAUAAAUCACACAUCGAAAUAAUGAACUACUAUAACACUUUGAAAAAGGAAUUGAUUAAUAUAAAGAAAAAUGGAAGAAAAAUCAAGCGACACAAAUUGCAAAGUAGGCUAGGUGAAGAUGAAGGUCGAUUAUUCAAAAUGGUACGAAAUUCUCGUAACUUAAUUAGAUACAGUGAAUUACCGAUUGCAUAUGAAAUGAGCGAGUAUUUUAUCAAGUUUGAAGAAAUACAGAGUAAUUUGAUAUCCAAGUUUGAGCGAAACAAGAAUAAUGACGAAAAUCAGAGAUUCAAAUCUUUUUUUUCUACCUACAGUUCGCCUGCUGAUGAAAAUCGAGAAGACUCUUCUUUAAUAGAUUGCGAAAUGGCGACGAGCUUAACUAAUGAACUCUAUAAGCACAAUCAAAUCACUCCGCUCUCUAAUUUGAAGUUGGUACCUAAGCUUCUGUUCAAAUCGUUGAUCUUAUUAGAGGAGAUUACUUCUUCAAUUUUACGGCAAAUAAUGUGUAAAGUGAUCGAAUCUAAAGUUGUAAGGAAUUGGCUAAACGACCGAGAGCCGCAACGUGAAAUAAACAUCAAGAAGGCUGAUAUUAGAAAAGCGAUAGAAAAUUUGGGCUAUAGAGAUCCUAAUAAGAACUUUAACCUUCUGAAGUAUUUCUAUGAUCUAAAAAAAAAUUUACAUAUUGACAUAGUAAAUGACCUUCAAGAUGAACCAUCGAUAAUGACGGAUGAUGAAUAUGAAGAAUUCAUAUCUAAUAAGAACAAAUUAAGAAAAAAUAAUCAGCUUAGAAAAUCAAAGCAUAUGGCAACUGGGUUGACGAUCUUUGAAGGGACGAGUAAUAUCGAGCCGUUUGUUCUUGAGGAUUCAAAUGUUCAACCAGUUGCAAGUAAUAGUUUGAUACAUAUAUCAUCGCUAUCUUCCAAAAACAGAACCUCGUUGGAUAGUGAUCGCUCUCGGUCACAGAUUAGUUCAAAAAUUAUCAUCAGGGAAUCCCAAAAGUUGGAAGACUUUGAUAGAAUGAAUUCUCGAGUAUAUGAACAUGCCUUGCUAACAUACAUGAUAAGUAAUAAUAUUGAUAUAAAUGAAGUGAAUAAGUCUAUAUCAAAUGAUGCAGAUGCCGAAGAACUAUUAGAAUUAUGGGAAGAAGAGCUUAAUUUGAAGAAUAAUAAUCAAUUUGAACCACAAGAAGACGAAUCAAUCCAAGAUGAAAUGGAGAAUAAUAGCCAAAUUGAUAUAAAGCUACCUAUUGAAAUAGAUGGAGAAGUGCUUGAUAACUUUGACUUUCAAUUUGCGAGCUACACAGAUGAAGAUGAAAUCGAGAAUGACAAUUAUGACUUUUAUUAG